AAGGUCUGGGGGCUGAUCGAGCGUGAGUCGGCACCGGAACGGCUGGCGCCGGGACCGGGAGGUGCCGACCCCGGUCGAAGGCUCCGAGGGCCGGUGUACGGGGGAGGCUGGUGCCUCCUCCGGGAGGUGCCGAUCCGCUGGGACUGGUGCCGGUGCCGAGAGGUGCCCGCUCGGUAGGAGUCUCCGACGGCUGAUGCUGGUCCUGGGAGGCACCGAUCCGGUGGGGCUACCCGAGGACCGCUGAGGCUGGUGCCGCUCCCGGGAGGUACCGGUACCCGGCAGGAGCCUCCAAGCACCGAUCACGCGUGAGUCAGCCCUGCUGCGGCUGUCGCCGGUACCGGCGGGUCCCGAGGAGCGGCCACACGGGAGCUGGCACCGGCACCUGCCCUUCUCCUUGGCAGUGGGCAGCGGUUCGGGACACGUCGGUCUCGGACUCGGAGCAGCGGCCGCUGUCGGUCCCGGCGGGCUGGGUCAGGCAGCGCUCCCGGUACCGCCUCCCCCGGGGGCGAGCCGUGCCCGCCGGCCCCCGGGGACGUGUGUGCCCAGCGGCAGCAGCGGCGCCGGGCUGGGCUCUGGGAGCUGAUUUUGGACUCUGCAAAGCGGCCACCAUCUGUCCGGAUCUGGCAUUUGUCAGCUCCCAAGUGCAGCGUUUCAGGGCCAAAACAACCUGCUUCAGCUUUUUUUUUUCAGAGUCGAGGAGGCAAAGAGCGGUGCUUUGGCCCUGACGCUUGUUUCGGGAGCCUUUGGCUGGGAGCACGCUGUGUUUUGCUUCCUGCUAGACAGAGGGGGGGAGAGGGGGGAAAGAAAGGAACAUCCCAUCACCCAGAGUGACUGGAGUGUCUGCCAUGCCCCAUCCGAACACAUGGGAAGGGAGCUGGGAGGACAAGUCCUGGCCUCAGUGCCUGCAGGGAAGGUGUUUUCCUAUUUGCUCUUGCAAAGGGAAUUCGGGGAGUAGCGAGAGCUAUGGGGUACAGGAUGCUGUGGAGGGGAGAGCAGGAAUUAGGCACCACGCUGUGCAGAUGGGGUCAGGGCUGGCUGAGAUGUGCUGCUCUGAGCUCCAGUGUUUGGUAUUUUGUUACUGGUUUGCUCAUUACCUUCUGUUUCAGGAGCUGUUUAAAAAAUGGGCCGAGCCAGGGACACAGGAAGGUCUGGUUUAAUUCCAGGAGCAGCAAAACUGUCCAGUGAUCCCAAUGACAUGUUCGAUGGUGUUGGCGUCUGUGCUAGAGAGGAAUAUUUUCCUCUCCUUUGCUUUUGGGGCAACAGGACUCUGUUUUUCCUUUCGUACUGUUCUAGUGGGUGGUCAAACAAGUCUUCCAAAGGUUAGUGGUUGGAUUUUGAAUUUAAAAAAAAAAGGUUGUACGCUCCAGAAACAUCAAAUGGUUUGAUAAGCGUAAAAACAUCAAAAACAGAGGAGCAGAUGAGCGGAGUAAGCAGGGUGAUUAAAAUCUGCUUGAGGGACUGUUCUUACAACUGGGAAAUGCCCCAGUGCCCCAUUUGCUUUCAAAGCUCAGAAGUACCCAGCUCUGAAACCAGGUGCUGAUCCCUGUCCACGCUCGCACAGGGCCUGAUCCUGCAGCAGAGGGUGAGCGUGCAGCACAGUGCUGCUCUUCUCCCUGCAACUUGUCCUGCAUUGAACCCGUUAUGGGAUUAAGCCCUAAAUCCCAUGGCGGGGCGGAGUUCCCCUGGGAUGCACAGCAGUAACUAGUCUGUGGAGAUAACAAGGGCGGCAAAUACUGCUGGUUUCCAGUCUUUCCACUCUGGGCCUCUGUGGGGCAGAAGGGUGCCUGAGGAUGACUGGAGGGACAGAAAACAUCAAGAUUUUAGGGAUAAACUACCCUGGGAAAUUCUUCUGUCAGUGACACCAACAGCUCACUGCUUUUAUCAGGUGUAUUUUGACCCUCAUCCUGAAUUGGUUGUUUAACCCUUUGUGUUUCAUUUUCUGUUUCAACAUUCAGGCUUUGAAUAAUGUUAGGAAGCACAACCACUUUUAUUUUAUUUUGGAAGGACUUCUUUUUUUACAGAAGGUGGAAGGACACUCUUCCAGGAAGCAGCUGCCCGUGAGGAGACCAGCACAGAGAGCCCUAAACAGGACCUUCAUCAAAGCGGUGCUUGGAGAGUGAUGGUCUUAAAAUGAAAAGGUGCUGUGAGGGUGUUGGGCUGCCAUGCCUGUUUAAGAGACAGGCAGGCCCCAGCUCUGAGUUACCCUGGGCCUUUUGGGAGUCCAUGGUGCCUGCAGAGCCCAACCCAGAGGCAAACCACGUCCAGGGUGUUGGUAUGGCCAGCUCCCAGCCUCCAAAGUACCUCCUCAUCUUCGACUUUGAUGAGACCAUCAUCAAUGAGAACAGUGAUGACUCCAUCAUCAGGGCAGCACCAGGGCAGGCACUUCCAGAGCACAUCCGGCAGACCUUCUGCGAGGGUUUCUACAAUGAGUACAUGCAGCGUGUCCUGACGUACAUGGGAGACCAAGGUGUCAAGAUGGGGGACUUCAAGACUGUAUAUGAGAACAUUCCCCUGUCCCCUGGCAUGCCUGACCUCUUCCAGUUCCUCUCCAAGAACCAUGAAGUCUUUGAGAUCAUCCUCAUCUCCGAUGCCAACAUGUUUGGCAUUGAAUGCAAUCUGAGGGCAGCUGGUUUCUACUCUCUCUUCCGCAAAAUCUUCAGCAACCCAUCCGGCUUUGACAAAAGGGGGUACUUCACCUUGGGGCCCUACCACAGCCACAAGUGCCUUGACUGCCCAGCCAACAUGUGCAAACGCAAAAUCCUAACAGAGUAUCUGGCAGAGAGAGCCCAGGAAGAGGUGGAGUUUGAGAGGGUCUUUUAUGUGGGAGACGGUGCCAAUGACUUCUGCCCUUCUGUGACUUUGACUUCAGCUGAUAUUGCUUUCCCACGGAAGGGCUACCCCAUGCACCGGAUGACCCAAGAGAUGGAGAAUAAGCAACCUGGAGCCUUCCAGGCCACUGUUGUUCCCUGGGAGUCAGCUACAGAGGUCACCCGCUAUCUCCAGGAGGUCCUCAAGAAGUGUUGAAGAUAGCUCAAAAGAGGCUUGUUUACUAUAAGCAUCUGGGAAAGGAGAGUCCUGGAGGGUCAGGUCCUGUACUCCAUGCUCAUCUGGCACUACUCACUGGGACUCCGAUUCCUGGGCUGCUUUCCUGCCUUCCUCUCCACGCUCCUUUCUCCCCGGUGGUAAAAGCACUUUCUCUACCCCCCCCCCCCCCCCCCCCCAGCCUUUCCCUUUUCCAUUGCCAUGUUGAGAUGACGCCUUCUCUAUGCAGCUUGGACAUCAACUCCAGUGUCGGUGCUUGACAACACUAACAGUGUGGGGUUUUUUUCCCCUUUUGACUUCACAAGAGCAAUUCUUUAAAAUCCAGAAGCCAGCUUUCCUGAAGGCUGAGCCCUGCACAUGCUUCCUCUUGACUUCACCCUGCUCUCCUCCUGCUCAUCUUUGCUUGCCACGCAGAAACUGCGUGCUGUCACCUUCAACCUGAUGCUCUGAGGGCUCCUUGCCUCUUCAGGAAGCUAUUAGAAAUCUAAUCCAUGAAAUUUGUGCUGCCCAGGCUCCACAGCUUGCCAUGCACCCCACACCUUCCUCAGCUGGUGAGCCUUUUGCUGGAGUUAAUUGUUGCUUAAGACUUUAUUUUCUGGGGGGGGGAAAAAAAAGACUAGCAGAAAGCCUUGUGGAAAGGUGGUACCUUGAAAAAAAAAAUUUAUAUAUAUAUAUAUUUUAAUCUCUCCUAUGAAGAAAGGCUGAGAGAGCUGGGGCUCUUCAGCCUAAGGAAGAGAAGGCUCCAGGGUGACCUUACUGCAACUUUUCAGUACUUAAAGGGGACUUAUAAAGAAGAUAGAGAGCAACUUUUUGCUGAGUCAGAUAAUGACAGAACAAGGGAGAAUGGUUUUAAACUAAAAAAAUAAAAGAGAGGGAGAUUUAGAUUAGGUGUUAGGAGGAAAUUCUUCACUCAAAGGGUGGUGAGGCACUGGAACAGGUUGCCCAGAGAGGUCGUGGAUGCACCAACCCUGGAGGUGUUCAAGAGCAGACUGGAUGAGGCCCCAAGCAACCUGAUAUGGUGGGUGGCAUCCCUGCCCAUGGCAGGGACGUUGGAACUGGAUGAUCUUUAAGGUCCCUUCCAACCCGAGCCAUUCUAUGAUUCUAUGAUUCAUUAGCUCCCAUUGCCCCCACCCCACUUUCCCAGGGUAUGGGCACGAAGGCCAUGUCCCACUACAGGGAAGAGGACCUGACUUCACUUUCUUCUUCCACCCACUGCUUUCACUUCCAGGGCAGAAGGUCCCCUGCAUUCUUGAUGCAGACAGGUUCCUCCACACUGAGCCAGUCUUACCAGCUGUCUACUUGCAUUUGCUGAAUCAUAUUGACUCCCCUGUGACCUCAGGUGUGACCUGGUCAAGAGGUGCUGAAACUCCCCCCCAGCUGGAAAGGGAGGUGUGGUGCUUUGGCAUUUCUCCUGGUACUGGAUCCCUGGAGGCUAAACCUUCUGUGCCCUCCUGCCCUACUGCAGUAUUAAUUGCCCCUUCUAAUUGCACUCUGCAGGGGGGACCUGCAGCAUUUGUUGCUCUCUGGUGUUGGCUUUUCCUGGAUUUAUCCACAGCCUUAACGGCCCCAGAGGGUGAUUUGUAACUACUCCAAAGCAUAGAAAUCCUGGCAACAAAUCUGAGCGGUAAAGAAAUAACCAAAGCAGCCCUGAGUUGUUCCUCAUUUAUGUAAUUUUUCUCUCUCUUUGUUCUUCCUCUUCUGGACACUGUUCAACUGUGUGGAACUCGAAGCCAUGGAAUUAAAAAAAUACAUAUAUAUGUAUAUAUAUA